AUGAAGUUUACCACUGCGUCCCUCGCUACGGCCAUGUUGGCUGGUAUUGCCCUUGCAGCUCCUCGCCCUGGUCUUGCUGAGCGCCUGGAGCAGCGUGGUGUCUUGCAGCGCUCGUCUCAGCCCGCUGGCAGAAUCGACAACUCCGACAAGGAGAAUGGCAUCCUUCUCAAAGAGGGCUCCGAUGCCAAUGUUCAGUACAGCAACAACUGGGCCGGUGUCGUGCGCGAGUCGCCCCCUGCCAGUGCCACCUACUCUGCUGUUUCGGCCACCUUCACAGUGCCCGAUCCCACGGCCACCGACAACUCGGGUGACAUGCAAGCUGCCUCCGUCUGGGUUGGUAUUGACGGUGACACCUAUACCAAGGCCAUCCUGCAGACCGGCAUCGACAGCUACGUCCAGAACGGCGAGAAGACCUAUGAUGCCUGGUACGAGUGGUACCCCAAUAGCGCCGAGAACUUCGACAUUGACUUGUCUGCUGGCGAUGUUAUUGUUGCCACCGUCAAAUCUUCUUCGCCUAGCAAAGGUGUUGCCAUCAUUGAGAAUAUGUCUUCCGGCAAGACUGUGACGAAGACUCUUACGGCGCCUUCUUCCGAUGCCACUCUGGCUGGACAGAACGCCGAAUGGAUCGUUGAGGACUUCAAUGCUGGCAGCUCCCAGGUUCCAUUUGCCAAAUUUGGCACUGUGACUUUCACUGGUGCUCAGGCUGAGACUGACGGUGGCGCUUAUGGUGUCAACAACGCUGAGAUUCUCGACAUUCAGCAGGGUGGAAAGUUGCUUGCCGAGGUCAACAUCGAGAGUGAUACCCAGUUCUCCGUCACUUAUGAAUAA